CCUCGCCGCCGCGCUCGCCGCGGCGCCCCUGCGGGCGGCGCUGGCGGGAGGCCGCGGGGGCGCAGCGCCGUUGGUGCCGCCUGGGCGGGGCGGCCGCGCCAGUGGAGCGCCAGUCGCGCGGGCGACAUCGCCGUGGGGCAGCGUGCAGGUCAGGUGGGAGGACGGGCAGUGGUACGACGCGGCCGUGAAGCACGAACUCGGCAGCGGUGGCGCGGCCGUGUGUUUCGACAAGGACGGCUACCAGUACCAUUGCUCGCUCAACUUGUGGCGCGUACCUUUGCGGGCGGAGGCUGCCAGGGUGGCCUUGCCAGAAGAGCCCCCAGUCGAGGAGGCCUUACCAGAGAAGGCUCUUGGCGUGGACAGGGCCGCCGCCGAGGAAGAGGAAUUCGGAGCGCUGGUGGAGGAAGAGCUCGGGGUGCCAGUAGAAGCGCUACAGUCGACCCGCAUAAUAAGGAUGAGCGGCUUUCCAAGGUUACCUUGGCAUCCUUCCCCCUCGGCCCGUCCUCGGCCGCUUUCACUGGCCGCGCCCCGCUCACAGAGUGUUGGCAUGGCCUUUCAAGGCCCUUGCAUCCUUAUCGUGCGUCCUUGUUGUAUGGGCUGACUGUAGAGGCCGAAGUCGAGGGGGCGGUGAAGAUGGCCGGGCCACCGCCAGAGGCGCCGCUGGAGGAGAGGCAGGCGGGGACCUGGCUUGACGCGACCGUGCUUCGCAUCCAUGCCAACUUCAUGGUAGUCGGCGCCCGCAGGCCCGGCAGCGCUGACGACGUGCGGGGCCUGGUACACUUUUCGAGGGUCCCCGCCGAGCAUGCCGCUGGCAGACUGGCCGACCAUUACAGCGUCGGUCAGAGCGUGAGGGUCCGGAUGGUCGACGCUGGAGCUCGGGAAGAGAGCAGCGAUAUCCGCCAGAUGUGGAUGGGCGGCCCGCCCGACCUCGACGCCCUCGAGCGAGCCAGGGCCGAGGGCCUCUGGCUGAAUGCCACCGUCGUGCGCGUGGAGCAGUACGGACUCCACGUGCAGGUCGUGCCACCAGGCUCCCAGCCAGAUGCCCUGCCGCACUACGGCCUGGUGCACGUCUCGGAGGUUGGAAAGGGGUUCGUCCAAGACAUCAGCACUGUGGCCGAGGUCGGCGACACCGUCAGAGUGAGGGUGAUGACGCUGGACCUCGAUUCGGGCAGAGUGGCGUUCAGUAUGAAGCCCAGUCUGGACUCCUCCACGAGCGGCCCGCCCGACCUCGACGCCCUCGAGCGAGCCAGGGCUGAGGGUCUCUGGCUGAACGCCACCGUCGUGCGCGUGGACCCGUACGGACUCCAAGUGCAGGUCGUGCCACCAGGCUCCCAGCCAGAUGCCCUGCCGCAUCUCGGCUUGGUGCACGUCUCGGAGAUUCGAUACGGGUUCGUCCAAGACAUCAACGCGGUGGCCGAGGUCGGCGACACCGUCAGCGUUAGGGUGAUGAAGGUGGACCUCGAUUCGGGCAGAGUGGCGUUCAGUAUGAAGCCCAGUCUGGACUCCUCCACGGGCAGCCCGCCCGACCUCGACGCCCUCGAGCGAGCCAGGGCUGAGGGUCUCUGGCUGAACGCCACCGUCGUGCGCGUGGAGCAGUACGGGCUCCGCGUGCAGGUCGUGCCACCAGGCUCCCAGCCAGAUGCCCUGCCGAAUCACGGCUUGGUGCACGUCUCGGAGAUUCAAUACGGGUUCGUCCACGACAUCAGCGCGGUGGCCGAGGUCGGCGACACCGUUAGCGUUAGGGUGAUGAAGGUGGACUUCGAUUCGGGCAGAGUGGCGUUCAGUAUGAAGCCCAGUCUGGACUCCUCCACGAGCGGCCCGCCCGACCUCGACGCCCUCGAGCGAGCCAGGGCCGAGGGCCUCCGGCUGAACGCCACCGUCGUGCGCGUGGAGCAGUACGGACUCCACGUGCAGGUCGUGCCACCAGGCUCCCAGCCAGAUGCCCUGCCGCAUCACGGCUUGGUGCACGUCUCGGAGGUUGGAAAGGGGUUCGUCCAAGACAUCAGCACUGUGGCCGAGGUCGGCGACACCGUCAGCGUGAAGGUGAUGACGCUGGACCGAAAUUCGGGCAGAGUGGCGUUCAGUAUGAAGCCCAGUCUGGACUCCUCCACGGGCAGCCCGCCCGACCUCGACGCCCUCGAGCGAGCCAGGGCUGAGGGUCUCUGGCUGAACGCCACCGUCGUGCGCGUGGAGCAGUACGGGCUCCGCGUGCAGGUCGUGCCACCAGGCUCCCAGCCAGAUGCCCUGCCGAAUCACGGCUUGGUGCACGUCUCGGAGAUUCAAUACGGGUUCGUCCAAGACAUCAGCACUGUGGCCGAGGUCGGCGACACCGUCAGCGUGAAGGUGAUGACGCUGGACCGCGAUUCGGGCAGAGUGGAAUUCAGUAUGAAGCCCAGUCUGGACUCCUCCACGAGCGGCCCGCCCGACCUCGACGCCCUCGAGCGAGCCAGGGCUGAGGGCCUCUGGCUGAACGCCACUGUCGUGAGCGUGGAGCAGUUCGGGCUCCGCGCGCAGGUCGUGCCACCAGGCUCCCAGCCAGAUGCCCUGCCGUAUCACGGCUUGGUGCAUAUCUCGGAGAUUAAAUACGGGUUCGUCCAAGACAUCAGCGCGGUGGCCGAGGUCGGCGACACCGUCAGAGUGAGGGUGACGGGCUUAGACCGCGACACGGGUAGAGUGAAUCUCAGUAUGAGGGCUAGCCUGGAAAUCUUCGAGCAAUUCGGCGCGGACGAGUGGAUCGAUGCCACAGUCUUCAACGUAUCGGACCGUGUAGUGGAGGUGCAGGCCCGCCUUCCGGGCGACGACUCAGGAGUCGCCAGCGGGAUUGUCCCGUCCAGGGAGCUGCGAGCGGGCCCCGUACAGAGCGCCAUGGGCGCGGCAGAAGUGGGCGACACGGUCCGCGUCAGGCUUAUCAACGCCACGGGCAGAUUCGGGCCGGUGUUCUCCAUGAAGCCCAGGCCCGACGUCUCUGCCUUCGCUGGCGUCCCGCCCGAGGCGCUGCUCCCCGCGUUCGUGGUCGCCGUCCUGGACGACAGUCACAUCUUCGUGAGCGUGCCGCCCCCGACGGACGCCGGCGAGCCCGCGGAGGGCAAGGUGCGCGGGGUGGUAGCCGCCGAGUAUCAACCUGGUCAGAUGGUCCAGGUCAGAGUCAGCGACGUCAAUGUGGAGAGGGGGCUGCUGACGCUGACGCUGGGCGGAUUGACAUGAGGUGUGAGGGGGCUGAGCCUGUCGGCGUGGUCUUCGUUGUGCGCGGAUCCAUGCCUGACGGGGCAGAAAGAGGGCACGGGAGU